AUGGAAGGAGGAACAUCAUCUCCAAGUCAUGUAAGUUUUCGUAUACCAAAGAAGAAAACAAACACCAAGUCAGAGGAUGUCCAAGUUCAGUCCCCUUUGGCAAGGCUCCCAGGCUCCCACCAUUGGGACUACCCUUUAAAAGAGUGGAAAUUAAGUGCCAGCAACAGAGAGCCUUCCACAAAAGGAAAAAGGCAAAAGGACUGUGACAGGCACAGCUCUAAUGAUGAAGAAUCAAUUGGGCAACCCAAAGUUAUCUUGACGAAUGUCCUGAGGACGAAAAUAGGAAGAAAAUACACGCAGGCGCAACCUAAAACUGGUGCUAAUUUUUCUGAUGCUGGCAAGCUGCAGUCAGAUCAACCACCCUCAUCAUCUGCUGCCAGCUUAAAGAUAUGGCAAAUUUUAAACCCUACUCUCCAAAGCCUUUUUCUGUCUAAAAGGCAACCCAAAGUUAUUUUGACGAAUGUCCUGAGGACGAAAAUUGGAAGAAAAUACAUAGACAGCCACGUAAUAAUUGAUGCAAAUUUAUCUGAUGCUGACAAAUUACAAUCGGGUCAACUACCCUCAUCAUCUGUUGCCAGCCUACAGACAUGUCAGAUAUUAAGUUCUCCUCAUGAAAGUUCUUUUCUAUCUGAAAGGUCUGAGCAUUGCCUGAGGAAGACACAUGAUGAUCUGUGUAAAUUGACCAAGGCUUCUAAGGAACAAGAAAAAAAUAAUGCCUUCACUUUUAGAAGACGGGAGCUGCAGAAGAAAGAAAACAGGAACUAUGAUGAACUGGAAAAGAGCAGCAGAAACACGAGCACCACUCUUAGUCAGAAGGAAUUGGGCUCUCUUGAUUCUGAGAGAAGGAAAAGAAGAUCUAGUGGCCAUAUUUCUGAUGAUUGUAAUGCACACAUUCCAGAAAAAUCACUUCUACUGUCUAAAGAGCAAAGAUUGAGUUCGACUCAGUCUCCUGGCCACGGAACAUCCUGUGAGGUUAGACAAAGUCGCAGAUCUAAUACAAUUCUGGUGCCGGACUGUAUUCCACAGCCAUUAGAGAGAGACUCUAAAGAUACUUCCACCCACAACCACUUAAGGCCUGCUCACAGCUGCACAGAGGAACCUGGUUCAGUGUCUCCUCGCAGAAAUUUGUCAGAGAAACAGCUUUCUGCCACCAGUGAGGACGUGAUUUCACCACGAGUUAGUACCAUCAGGAAAUUAAAGAUGGACACAUCACAGUACCUGAGCAAGCUGCGGAACAGAAUCUGCAGGGGCAAUCGGCAACGUGUUUCAGUUGACCCAAUUGUCCUUUCCAGUGAUGAUGAAGAUGGAUCUUCUGAACCAAAAUGCACAGAGCUGCUGCAGGAUAAUGUCACUGACAAUAAAGAAACAGACCAACAGUCUGACUUCUCUUUCUCAGCAAAGCAAUUGGAAGACAAGGUGGAAAGUCACACAGAGCAGUUUUUAGCAGAGUCAGUUGCAAAUAAAUGUCCUAUCAACUUACCUUCUGGAAGCACUCCUAGAAAACAGAUGAACCCAGCAUUGGAUGUUGAAUUUAAUAGUCUAUAUGUUGGGAAAUUUAAAUGGUUAUCAACAGGUCCUGCUAGGUUUACAACCAAGUAUAUUACAAUCCCAUUUCAGGUGGCUCUUAAUAAGAAUAGUAAGCUGACAGUGGAUACUCUGGAUCUGAGAAGGUUUGGCUUGUGGAGAAGUGAUGGUGGCUGUUCUUCAACAACGAUCAUUUUCCUUUGGUUGUCUGUGGAUUAUGUAGAAAAGAUUGAAACCCAAUUAGGAAAGUUAGUUAUCAGCAAGCCAUCCAAAGCUAGUGAAUUUGUAUUUCUUGAAGUGUCCCAACCACUUACAGAAUGGGAAGAAGACAGACUGACUGAAUUGAUUAGAGAUGUGAGCAAGAAGAACAGAGCACCAGAUCUCCCUGACUUUUUGUCUUUGAAGCAAGCAUUACCCUUGUUUAAGGACCUUUCUCCUGAAGAGAGCUCUUUUAUGAGUAACAGUAAAGAUCUACUAAAGCAAUGUAUGCCAAAAGAGAAUACGUCAGAUGCUUAUGAGCCUGCAGUUCAGGAAUCAAAACCAAAAGUGGCCAGGCCCAGUUACGCCCUUGCAAGUAAGCAGAAUAGUGGUUGUUAUUCUAUCUCUCUGUCCUCGGCACUGAAUGAAGAAUGGAAAGAAGUAAGAGAAACAGGAGUAGUUAAGAAUUUAAUUGUUUAUCCACCCCCACCUGCAAAAGGAGGACUGGGAGUCACAAGAGAAGACCUAGAGUGCUUAGAAUAUGGAGAGUUUCUCAAUGAUGUCAUCAUUGAUUUCUAUCUUAAAUACCUGUUGUUGGAGAAGGCACCAAAACAUCUUGCUGAUCGUACACACAUUUUUAGCAGUUUCUUCUAUAAGUGCCUGACCAGGACAGAAAAAAACUCUGAGGGGGAUCUCAAAGUUUCAGCAGCACAGAGAAGACACAGAAGAGUAAGAACGUGGACUCGUCAUAUAAACAUCUUCAGUAAAGAUUAUAUCUUUGUGCCUGUGAAUGAGGAGUCUCAUUGGUACAUUGCAGUUAUCUGUUUUCCUUGGUUAGAAGAAGAUGUGUAUGAGGAGUGUCCCCAUCAGAAUUCAUUAUAUCACCAGCCUCAACAGUCUCCACUUCAGUCAGAGAGUGAGAACACUAGAACUGGUUCAGUGUUGGCCUUUCCUGGUAACUGCAAGGAUGAAGAAGAAAUGGAUGCUAACAGAUGUUUAUUCUCAAAAGGUGGCAAUGAAAUUGCUGCUUCUGCUUCAGUCCUGGAUUCAGGUAUUUCUAAAAUCUCCCUAGGUAAUUCCAAAAGGCAGAUUUGUAAAAGGCCUUGUAUACUCAUCUUAGAUUCUUUGAAAGCUGGUUCUGUGCAGAAAACACUUCAGGUUUUGAGAGAGUACCUUGAAGUGGAAUGGGAAGCUAAACGAAAAACACAUCGAGAAUUCAAUAAAUCAACUAUGAUUGACCUGUGUCCCAGAGUGCCUAAACAAGAUAACAGCAGUGAUUGUGGGGUCUAUUUGUUGCAAUAUGUGGAAAGCUUCUUCCAGAAUCCCAUAGUUAACUUUGAACAGCCACUGCAUCUGGAGAAUUGGUUCCCUCGUCAGCUGAUCAGAAGCAAAAGAGAAGAAAUUCGAGACCUGAUCUUGCAACUGCACUUUCAACAGCAUAGUGGCAGCAGCAGCUAA